CCGGAAGUGCGGGGGCUGCAGCCGCCCGGCCGGCCGCGAUGCAUUGUGGGCAAGCAGCAGCACCAGACCCAAGAUGGCGGCCAGCAGGAGGCUGAUGAAGGAGCUUGAAGAAAUCCGCAAAUGUGGAAUGAAAAACUUCCGUAACAUCCAGGUUGAUGAAGCUAAUUUAUUGACUUGGCAAGGGCUUAUUGUUCCUGACAAUCCUCCAUAUGAUAAGGGGGCCUUCAGAAUCGAAAUAAACUUUCCAGCAGAGUACCCAUUCAAACCACCGAAGAUCACAUUUAAAACAAAGAUCUAUCACCCAAACAUUGAUGAAAAGGGACAGGUCUGUCUGCCAGUAAUUAGUGCUGAAAACUGGAAGCCAGCAACCAAAACCGACCAAGUAAUCCAGUCCCUCAUUGCACUGGUGAAUGACCCCCAGCCCGAGCACCCACUUCGGGCUGACCUAGCUGAAGAAUACUCUAAGGACCGUAAAAAAUUCUGUAAGAACGCGGAAGAGUUUACAAAGAAAUAUGGGGAAAAGCGACCCGUGGACUAAAAGCUGCCAUGAUUGAUUCCAGCAAGCGUGAGCAGAGACCCCAAGCAGUGCAUUCAAACACCCGCGAAGCAGGACUCUGUGGAAAAUUGACACGUGCCACCGCCUGGCGUUUGCUUGUGGCAGUUACUAACUUUCUACAGUUUUCUUAAUCAAAAGUGGUCUAGGUAACCUGUAAAGAAAGGAUUAAAAAUUUAAGAUGUUCUAGUUCUGCUUUCUUUGUUUUAAAAAUCACUGCUUCAGAUCUACUUUAAAAGAAUGGUGUUUCUCUUCUUUUCCAAAUUUAUCCAAAAUCUUCAAUUGCAUUUAGUCCUUAAAAGUUUAAAAAGAAAAAAAAAAGGAAAGAAUAAAAAGGCUAUGGUUCCCCCUUUUCCCUGCCCUCAAAAUCCUACUUUUCUUGCAUUCGGUUUAUUUUUUACUCAUUCACUUCCCCAGACCAUGGCCUGGUUGCCUCCACAAGAAAAGAUAAUGUUGGCGUUUCAGGUGCCAUCUCUUUUCCUGUGUGGAUCACACUGCCUGGUGUAGGGGUUAGUUCAAAUUCAUCUGAUUCCGGUUUAUGCCAUCCUUUUUUUUAAAAAAAUAUUUUUUUGUUUUUAAACAAGCUAACCACCAUUUUCCUUCAGUCUCUCCCCAACCCCCCCAACCCCACCCCACCCAAAAAAAUGCCAUGAAAAGGAGGCCCAACUCUUCUGUAAAAAAUCUGGCAAAUUGUUUCCACAAUAACAUUGAUUAAAUGGGCAAACCCCAAUGUCUCUGUGUGUGAUUGAACCCCAACUUGGCCGCCUGCUUGGGGAGGCCAGGUUCGUGGUGACCCCAGGGAGGGCCUGCCAGCCAAAGGACACUGACUGCGCACUUGUGCGAGGAAUUUCUCGGCCGAGGCGCUCCACCCACAGCCACGUAGAAGAGGUGCUGAGGGCUGCAGACAGCACUGAAGCCAGAAUGUCCAUUUGAAUCUCCACGCUUGCUGGUCACCGAGCUCCGCCCGAACGUGCCAGGGAGCCCCAGCUCCUCCGAGCAGCAGCCCCGCCGCAGCCAGCCUUUCCUCCCUCGACACACUUUGACCUUCUGCGGGGUUGGGGUUGGCAGGACUCGGCCGCAGCCAGCGCCACGCCAGCCUGAGGUCACGGCAUCCUGCUGGCCCCUUCCUUCGAAGCACCCAGGCCAGGAACAAGACCCUUUCUCUCCCUCUGGACUCACAGCCUUUGCGGAGUCAAGCUCCAUUUGAAGCUCAAUAAUAUCCUUUACAUGUGUUUUAUAUUGUUUUGACUGCCUUUUUUGUAGAAAUAAAAAUUGACCUUAGAAUUUAUCACCAGAUGAACUUGUAAGGAUUUGAAUGUCGCUGUCUUUUCCAAGCAGAUGGGACUGUCCCGAAAUAGAAAAUCCAUGUCUCUGACACUAGAGGAAGCUGAUGUUUCAGAGAGAUGCUGGGUGCCUCCAACUCCACUUCUGCUCUCGGCGCCUUCCCUUCUUGGCUGAGAGGGGAACUAGAUCCGGUGGAGAAGAUGACUUAGACUUUACUUUCGAUCUUCAUUUUAGUUCUAGAGAUCUCUCCUAGGCUUCCAGACCUGUAUGUAAAAGCUUGGCAUUACCUGCACAGAAGGGGCCGCUGAUGGUAGAGCAGGCAUUUAGUCGUGCAGACACCUGGCGCUUCGGGUGUUAGUGAACUCGCUUCUUUAGUCCUAGAUAUAUGCAGGGGGGCAGUUUCUCGAGACUACUUGUACCCAAGAUGGCAAGAGCACUGGGCCAGCCUUUCCAAAACCCGUCUCUUCAUUAGCAUAAAGGUCACGCUCAGCUGUAUUUCACUCACACAGAUUUGUGAUAAAAUGCCAAAUUCUGUCAGAAGCUCUCAAACUCAGCCACCAUUUGUUCUCUCAUGCUUCUCUGACAUCAGAACUGGCCAUUCUCAGAACUGUUCCAUUUGCUUUGUAUUUUGACCAGUGUAGCUCUGCCCGCCUGUCAUCCCCCUUCCUCCUUUGCUCACCACGGGAGUAUUCCUUUGCCAGAGCCGAUAGCCCCCCUCAGGGACUCAGCAGAGCCCUGGUCCUCAAGAGAUCGAGGCGGCGGGUGGUCCCUCCCUUGGGCUUGAGCAGCUUGCUUCAGCCAGCCAGGAAUUGUUGGGCCUGGCUGAGGCCCCUGGGCAGAUCGGAGAUCAAAGUGGCUGGCAGCCCUGGCUGUUCUGCAACCCGGAGAAGGGGCGAGCAGCCACUGAUGACCCGAGCCCACUCAGGAAUUCACCAUGUCAGGUUCCUCCAAGUGAAGUGCACCGGGUCCUGCCCUUCUUCCUGCCCUCCCCCGACGGCGGAGAAUAGGCUUUCUAAGAUGCUGCGACCCUGGUCUGCUGACCUUAAUAAAAAUGCUCUCCAACACUG